GAAGUUAAAAGCCUCCAAUUCUCAAGAGUCAAAACUAGCAUGUCAGAACCCAAGACCUACUUUAUCCUCCGUAAUACAGACGUGAGUAUCGCUCAGACUUAAACAGUUCCUUUUCCACCCAUGGGUUUGAACUUUGGAUGAGAGACAGUAUACACGUCCAAAUCCAAACCAGCCCCUUGCAGUCAUUCAGUGGGCAUACCUCUCGCACAUCACCUCACCACCACCACCUCAACCACAUAAACCACCUACAUUUCAAAGCUAACCAUUUGCCCACAUGCACCGGGCCGUGUCAUCGUUCCAGUACGCCCCCGACACGCUGAUAUGCCUAGGCCAACUAAUCACCUCACCACGCCAACCCUACCGGCGACUAGCCCCACCACUCCUCCCACUACCCUCAGAGCCCAUCAUCUCGCCGGUGACAACCUGGUCAUUCACUUCCUCAGAAACCAACGGCGGCUCGGCCUCAGUCUUUGCGCACUUUUUGCAGCUCUUCACCGCAUCCGUGUCGGGCCACGCGGCGCGCGAGCUGGCGCAGUCGUGGUCGGCGGCGCGCCUCGAGACACGUUUCCUCGAGCUUGGUCCGGCCGGCGAUAGUGAGAAUGACUAUGUGCGGCGCAGCGUUUCGGAGGUGGAGUCUGUGUGUGAGUGGUUGAAGGUGAAUCGGAGAUUGGGGAAGACGAUAUAUAUGGUCACGGGGGUCAAGGUGGCCAUGCAGCCUGGGGAAGCGAAGAGUGGUGUGUCGAGGACCGCUUGAGGAAGGUCCAUGUCAGCUGGCGUGGGAAGGUUAGGCUGGGGGAUGAUGUGGUUAAGGCGGACUUGUAUGGCGAUGAAGAUUUUGGCGGGCAUGACGGGCACGAUGGUGAUGAUGAUGAUGACGGUGACGAUGAGGAGGAAGAGAUUGACGAGGUUGAGAUGGAGGAUGAGGACUUUGGUGCUCGUUUGCCCGAGUGGGACCUAAAGACGGAGGGCAUUGAUGAAGCUGAUGGCGAGGACUGUCUGGUUGUCAUUCCGGCCGAGGAAGAAUGAUGUUGAUUUGCUUGUCUAGUAGGUAGGUACCGAGGUGGUUACCCUGAUAGAAGCCGUCCUCUCAGGAAGAGUGGCUACUAACUUACCGCCCUACUAUCGCUCUUUAUAUGGAGAUGAUGUUUUACGCACCAGGUCAAUUGGCUUUCGCAACACAUAACUUCUCUUUGCUACCCC